AUGAACAGUGAAUACGAUUAUUUAUUCAAGUUACUUUUGAUCGGUAACUCUGGUGUUGGUAAAUCUUGUUUAUUAUUAAGAUUCUCAGAUGAUACUUAUACAAACGAUUAUAUUUCUACUAUUGGUGUAGAUUUCAAAAUUAAAACUGUACAGUUAGAUGGUAAAACUGUGAAAUUACAAAUUUGGGAUACUGCUGGUCAAGAAAGAUUCCGUACUAUCACUUCCUCAUACUAUCGUGGUUCUCAUGGUAUCAUUAUUGUUUAUGAUAUCACUGAUCAAGAAUCAUUCAACGGUGUUAAAAUGUGGUUACAGGAAAUUGACCGUUAUGCCACCUCUACAGUUUUGAAAUUGUUGGUAGGUAACAAGUGUGAUCUGAAUGAUAAAAGAGUUGUUGAAUAUGACGUUGCUAAGGAAUUCGCCGAAGCUAAUAAAAUGCCAUUCUUAGAAACUAGUGCCUUGGAUUCAACUAAUGUAGAAGAAGCUUUCUUAACUAUGGCUAGACAAAUUAAAGAAAGUAUAUCCCAACAACAGCAAAUAGAUGAUAAAAUGGGCAAAGAUGAUAAAGGUGGCAACGUCAACUUGAAAGGUCAAAGUUUAACUAACACAAGCAGUGGUUGUUGUUAA